ACACGUCCUAGCUGCAGCUGUGCGGCCGAGGCAGACCUUGACAGGCUCUAGAAGGAAGAAGCCACCCAAGGGAAAAGCAGAAUCCAGCCCCAGCCCCACUUGCACCUCUGCCGCCGGAACAAUGCUCUUAGCAACAUUUAAACUGUGUGCCGGGAGCUCCUACAGAUAUGUGCGCAACAUGAAGGGGCUGAGGCAGCAAGCUGUGCUGGCCAUAGGCCAGGAGCUGAACCGGAGGGCACUGGGGGGCCCGGCCCCAGGGAUGUGGAUGAACCAGGUUCAGCGGCGCAGCUCUCUGCUCGGUUCUCAGCUCGAAGACACUUUCUACAGUGACCAGGAGCUGGCCUAUAUCCAGCAGGGAGAGGGGGCCAUGCAGAAAGCCCUGGGCAUCCUCAGCAACCAGGAGGGCUGGAAGAAGGAGAGCCAGCAGGCAAAUGGGGACAAAGUGCUGAGUAAAGUGGUUCCAGACGUGGGCAAGGUGUUCCGCUUGGAGGUGGUGGUGGACCAGCCCAUGGAGAGGCUUUAUGAAGAGCUGGUGGAGCGCAUGGAGGCAAUGGGAGAGUGGAACCCGAACGUCAAGGAUAUCAAGGUUCUGCAGAGGAUCGGAAAAGAUACAGUCAUCACCCAUGAACUGGCUUCGGAAUCAGCAGGAAACCUGGUGGGGCCCCGUGACUUCGUGAGCGUGCGUUGUGCCAAGCGCCGAGGCUCCACCUGUGUGCUGGCUGGCAUAGCCACACACUUUGGGGAGAUGCCUGAGCAGAAAGGUGUCAUCAGAGCUGAGCACGGGCCCACCUGCAUGGUGCUCCGUCCCCAGGCUGGAAGUCCCUCCCAGACCAAACUCACUUGGCUGCUCAGCAUUGACCUCAAGGGAUGGCUGCCAAAGACUCUCAUCAAUCAGGUCCUGUCACAGACUCAGGUGGACUUUGCCAACCAUCUGAGGAAGCGCCUGGAGUGCAGCCCCGCCCCUGACCAGGUGCUGCAGACCAGCCUGCUGUUCUCGACUGUUCCUGGCUGCACUGGCUUGCAUGCUCACCAGGAAAGUCCCUGCUAGAAGCCUGCACAUCUGUUUGAUCCUCGUCUGGGAGCUGUAGGAUGGAGGUGGGAGUGUAUUUAGAGUAUAAUCCUAGGACUCAGAUUGGAAAAGUUUUAGGACCAAGAAAAAGGGACAAGGCUCUCAAAGAGAACGGUCUUCUAAUGUCACCCACUGAUGAACUGUGUGAGGAAGGUUAAGGGUUCCAAAAUAUUUGUAAAACUUCUUCUGGGCCACUACAUGUCUAAGUAAAAACAUCUGUAGAAUGCUACUAGAUGGUAAAGGGUAUAGGAGGUGGUAAAUACAAGGACUGGGACUGGGCUCAAGAGCUCCAAUCCCUGCAGGCAGAGUGCACAGCAGGGCUAACAGAGGGCUCCACACCCUCCUGCCCCUCCACCCAAGCAGGGAGAGCUGCACCAGAGAACAAGCAGCUCCCUGCAGCAGGCGCCUUCCAGAGAUCUAGCCAAGUUUUCCUGAUGAAAAAAUACAACAGCAAUUAUUAGAUUGGCUCCCCAAAUUAUAACUAGUCCAGGAACACGAGUCAGAAUAAAGAACUGUAACUGACACAAAAACUUCACUCUGUACCUGUUUUAAAAUUCAACUCUUAAAAAAUCUACCCUAGUAAGCUGCAACUUCAUAGUAAAGGGGUUCUCUGGACAAAGAUUUUAAUUCAACUAAAUCCCCUACCUCGUUAAAAGGAAAAACUACUGGGAACUUAAUAUCAUCCUAUUUAGAUUCUGUUACCAGAAUCUUGCAUAAAACUUUAAUUUCCACAAUAAGCACAAGCCUAAAGCAGUUCUUAAACGAACUUACAACUGGUAGCUGAUUAAUGGGCGCUGGAAGAUAAACGUUAUGACUGAAGAUUUUUGCCUCAUUAAAAGAAUAGUACCAAACGUGAGCAAAUGAACUGUAUUACUAAGAUAAAUUAAACAAAACCAAAUGUUAUUUCUUUUCCCUUUGGUGACUGUGCGGAUGUACAAAGGAAACUCAGGGCUGCCGAUUUCUCUAAUGGGCCCACGGUUUACUCUUUUGAGAGGAAAUGGCUAAAAGAAGGGGUAAUAUAGUGACAGCAAAUUCCAGUAUUAAACUGGGAUGGGAUUACUUUGCUAAAAUGCGUGAGGAAGAUGAAAAAACAACCAUUGCCACUUGAAGCUUUUCCAUUCUAGUUCUAAUAGCACUGAUGGUUUCCACCAUUUGGAAAUAGAGCUCUAGCUUAUUUAUUAAACAAAUCAGCAGUAGCAGGAAUGCUGGUAUUUAUUGAGGUAUUGGAAUUUUACAACUGAUAGCAGUAUUUAUUAUUAUUUAUUCUGAUUGUUUCUUAGUAUACUUUUGGCAUAGAUGGAAUUGCUGUUUAUCUAUCCAGGAGCUUCAGAGAAGAGAUAGUUCUGGAAGUAUUUCUAGAGCAGAAUUAUCCUCUACCCGCAGCUAAGAGAAAAUGGUUACUUGUUUAAAGAUGUGUAAAGCAAUACAUGGCUCUGGCUUCAGAAGAGAACAGGCUGACAGUAAAGAAAUAAAACCAAACCAUGGUUGAGUUCAAUUAUAACUUGCCUUCUUCAUACUAUGCAACUGCGUCUUCGAGGGGCCUGGGGAGAUAUUUUCCCACUUGUUUAACUUUACAUUGGAAUAAAAUAAGUUGUCAGCGAUGA